UCUGCGCAAUGGCCCGCGCGCGCCCCCUCGAGGGCUGAAGACGGGAGCGCGACGGGAGUUGGGACUCGCGCUCUUUAGGCGUCUCUGUCACUGAGGAGCGGUCGCCCGAGAGCCACCGGCCCGAGUAUCAUGUCCAGAUACGGGCGCUACGGAGGAGGAUAAUCUGUGGGUCCAGAGUUCGAGUCGAGCUGUCUACAGGAAUGCCGAGGCGUUCUCGGUACGACCGCCCCCCCAUCCGGCGGCCUUUUGACCCCAACGACAGAUGCUACGAAUGUGGCGAGAAGGGUCAUUAUGCCUAUGACUGUCACCGUUACAGUCGACGUCGGAGGAGCAGGUCCAGGUCCCGGUCCCGGUCACACUCCAGGUCCCGGGGAAGGAGGUACUCCCGCUCGCGCAGCCGGAGCCGUGGAAGGAGGUCAAGAUCGUUUUCUCCCAGGAGAUCUAGAUCUGUAACUCCCAAGAGAUCCAGGUCAAGAGCAAGAUGUAGAUCAAGGUCCAGAUCUGGCUCUCGUCGAAGGAGCAGGUCUGGCUCGGGGGGUAGAUCCAAGUCCAGCUCUCCACCCAGGAGCCAAUCGAAAUCUAGAUCAUCACCUUCAAAACGAAGCCGGUCCCCUUCAGGAAGCCCUCGCAGGAGUGAGAGUCCAGAGAAAGAUCAUUAAACUUUUAUCAAGGUGUAUCUUUUAGAAAUUUAAGUGAUUUGCUUACAUAACAAGGGAAUCUGAGGAUUUAAUUUGAGUGUUGGUUUAUGUUGGUUUAUGUUCUUCCUGGUUUGUACUGCAUUUUUUUUUUUAUUUUCUCUAGUUUUUAAACAUAAAAACAUGGUAGGCAAACUGGAUCCCAGACUUUUUUUAAGGGAUACAUUAUAUUUCUAUUCUACAAGUGGUUUGUGAUGCUGUAGAAAAUGUGUAUGGGCUUUUUUGUAUGUUUACAUUAAAGUUUAAACUUCUAGCUGAA